CCCUUUCUUGGCAGGCACCAAGUCUGACGACGUGGGUGCUUGUCGCGGGGUCAUUGGCAUUCCAGUAAGGGUUUAAUAGGCUUGUAGAGCAUCGGAGGCAACACUCGAAUAUCACACCGGGAAGCCGUCCACUGAAGAGGAUCACAGGAGAACCGAGUUGGAGAAAUCUCUCCGAAGAAAUCUCUAAAUCAAUCUUGAAAUCAAAGGAGCCGGGAUGUUUAGAAAAGCCAAGCUGAUGGAUGGGACCGCAUCUGGCCAAGCGGGGUUCAAGAAAAAAUCUCGAGUCCCCGGCGUGAUGAUUACACAGUUUAUUGAGACCCUGCCAGAAGGAAAGAGCCACCCAGACUUCACCCGCAAGCCAAUUGCUUUGACCAUCCAAGAGGGGAAAUUUGCCUUUUUCAAAGCCAUUGUCACCGGAGACCCGGAGCCAACUGUCACAUGGGGCCGAAACAAUGGAGAUGUGUCUGAUACUUCAAGAUACCAGACCAAAUACGAUGCCAAUUCCAAUGAGCAUACAUUUGAGAUGCCAAAUGUCAUGCCGGAUCAAGCUGACAUCUACAAAUGCUUUACCAAAAAUGAAUAUGGACAAGCCACGGUCACGGUCGUACUGAAUGUUAUUGAGGUUGGUUUCAAGAAGAACCAGCAACAAACAGCAGAAGUUACUGAAGAAAACUUUAAGAAUGUGCUAAAGAGGAGAAGUAAGAUCCGUCCCAAGUCUGAGCAACUUGAGAAAAAAGACGGGGAGAAUGAUCCGAAGUUUUGGGAGCUCUUAAUCAGCGCUGAUAAGAAAGAUUACGAGAGAAUCUGUGCAGAGUUUGGAAUCACUGACUUCCGAUGUAUGCUCAAGAAACUGAAUGCAAUGAAGAAGGAGAGGGAGGAAGAACAAGCUCAGUUCAUCAAGGAACUGUGUAACCUGAGGCCUAUUCAAGUCAAUGCAGAUGGUUCCGCAUCCUUUGAGGUCGACAUGGAUCUUAUUGACGCGAGCAGCCACAUCUUCCUUUACAAGGAUGGUGUAAUGGUUCCAUAUACAAAGGAGUUGGGAGACAAGAUAAAGCACAGCCUCAAGAAAGUGGGGAGAAAGUAUGUUUUCAGUAUGAGGGACCUUAUGCCAGAAGAUGCUGGACUGUACCAGUUGGAUGUAGAGGAUGUGAAUAUAUUUUCUACUGAAUUUAAAAUCCCCAUGGUGGAGUUCCUGGUGAAACUUGAGGAAGUGAAGGCAAAGGAGAGAGAAGAUGCCGUGUUCGAGUGUGUCCUGUCAAACCCCUUCGCCAAGAUUCUGUGGUUUGGCAAGAAUAUGCCACUGGAACAAGGGGACAAGCACGAUAUCGAGGUUUCAGAGGACAAGCUCAUUCACAGACUGGUGGUCAAAGACUGCAUGGUGGUGGACAAAGGAAUUUACUCAGCCUGCGCAGGAAUAAAAUCCUGUAACGCAUGGCUUGUUGUUGAGGCUGACAAAGAUGCUCCAAAGGGGAAAAAAGCAGCAAGGAAAACCACGAGGGCUGGAGGAGCUGGAGUGGACCUGCAGAAAGUGGCCCAAGAACAACAAGUUAAACUAGUGAAAGAAAGAGAAGAAAGAAAGGAACAGAUUCAAGCUGCUAAAGAAGUGGCCGCUGCUGCGCCUCCACCUGAAGCUCCUCCAGCUCCUCCAGCUCCUGCAGCUCCUGCAGCUCCUACAGCUCCUGGAGCUCCUGCAGCUCCUGCAGCUCCUGCAGCUCCUGCAGCUCCUGCCGCUCCUGCAGCUUCUGCCGCUCCUGCAGCUCCUGCAGCUCAGGCACAAAAAGAUCCCGAACCAGUGAGCGAGCCGGCAGUGGUGACAUCGGCUCCACCAGUUGUGGGGGAAGUGAUCACAGAUGAACCACCGACAGCAGCGGGGGAUUUGGUAGAAGAGCCCGUCUUCACCUGUGGACUCUCGGAUAACUACCUUCUUCGUGGAAAGACAGCGAAAUUACCUGUGAAGAUGAACAUGGAGCGUGAUGGUUCCUGGUUCAAAGAUGGAGAGCAGUUAAACUCAGGUGCCGGGGUCAGCAUAACCAAAGAAGGAACCUCUCACAUGCUGACAAUUAAAAGCUGCACAGAUGACGACUCUGGACUUUAUCGCUUUGUGUCAGGGGAGCAGAGUACACAAGGAAAGGUUACUGUAGGAGAUGUACCGGAAUUUGACCCGGACGACCUUCACAAGUUCGCCAAACCUGUGAUAGUAAGAGUGGGGCAGAAUGCUGCUUUCAAGAUGCCCUACACUCCUCAGGAAUCUCUGAUGGUCAGUUGGUUUAAGGAUGGCACCGAGAUCAAAGAUGGGGGAGGAGUUAAGAUCUUGAAGGAGCCCAAUCACAGCCGCCUGCUCCUCAGAGACUGCCUGCGGACAGAUGCAGGCGAAAUAAAAAUACAGCUCAAAAACCCAUUUGGAGUUGUGGAGGCCACAUCUCAGCUUAUCGUGCUUGAUCGCCCAGGCCCACCAGAGGGUCCAGUGGAGACCGUCGAAACCACCUCAUCUGUGAUCGAGAUCAAAUGGAACCCUCCAAAGGACGACGGCGGCUCGGCUGUCACCAACUAUAUCAUCGAACGACAGCAGACAGGACAGAGUCUGUGGAUGAAACUUGGGGAUGUUUUAGCUGACAGGACCUCCUUCAGAGACAGGAAUGUGACUCAUGGAAAGAAAUACAACUACCGUAUCCACGCAGAGAACCCUGAGGGCCUCAGUGAUGCCCUGGAGACAGCUGACAGCAUUAUGGCUGGCAUAAUGAUACUCUCUGGUCCACCCGGUGCUCCCAACUUGGUGAGUGCCUCUAAGACGUGUAUCAAUUUGACGUGGACCCCUCCAGAGGACGACAGAGGGGUACCGAUCAUCGGUUAUCAAGUAGAGAAGCGAAAGAAAGACACAAAUGAGUGGAUGGCCCUGAAUGCACUCAACGAACCUAUCAAAGAUGCUAAGUUCGCUGUUAAAGAUGUUACGGAGGGAGCGGAGUAUGAGUUCAGGGUUGCGGCAAUCAACGAGUCAGGAUCUGGAGAUCUAAGCCCUCCUUCUGCAAUGGUGUGUGCAAAGAAUCCCAACAUGAGACCUUGCUUCAAAGAUCCAGAGGACUUCAUUGUCGUCAGAGCAGGAAAUUCUGCCCGGGUCAAAAUCUGCUAUGAGGCUGAGCCUCCACCUCAGAUCACUUGGGUGAAGGAGGAUGAGCCAUUAUCCCAGUGGAUCGAUAUCAUUAAUACAGAGGGAAUGUCUCAGCUUGUCAUUCCCUCAUCGAAGCGGUCAGAUUCAGCCAUCUACACUAUCACAGCCAAAAACUCUGUGGGCGAGGCUUCGUUUGACGUUGAGGUUAGAGUCGCAGAUGAACCCAAGACUCCAGGACCGGUGGAGUUGGAGCAGACGGUCCACGGCAAAGUGGUGGUAUCGUGGGCGCCCUCUCCCGACCAGGAGCUCGACAACCGCCUGUACUAUGUGGUAUCUCAACAUGACUCCAACAGCAGAGUGUGGAGGACUAUGGCAGACCGCCUCAGCGCUAACACAUACACAGCCAACAACAUCCUUCCCGGGAUAGAGUAUCACUUCCAGAUCUACGCCAAGAACGACGUUGGCCUCUCAGAUCCGUCUCAGUCACCAACAUGGGGCGCCAACAGCAACAGAGUUAAUGUAAGUUCGAAAGGAUUUAAUUCUAAGGACAUUUCCUUUGAGAGGUCACCAUCCAUCCUGGUUCCUCUCAAAGUCCACGCUCCACCUAAAGGUUAUCAGCUGUACAUGACAUGCGCUGUCCGGGGAAGUCCUACACCCUCGGUAUCCUGGUUCCUGAACGACGUGUGCAUCAACUCAGACAAAAACUACUACAUCACCAACUCAUUCGGAGUGUGCUCCAUGUAUAUCCUCCGAGUGCGGCCAAUAGACAGUGGUGAAUAUAAGGUGGUUGCGGUCAACUCUUUGGGAAAGGCAGAGUGUUCCACUAAACUUGUUGUUAGAGAUUAAAAUGGCAAAAAAGUUUUAAGCAACUUUUCCUCCGACUGAGAUUCUGGAAAGUAAGAAAAUUGAAUGUUUUACUGCAAAGACUGCAUUGAAAGCCGGUGAUACAUAUUGAGCAGGUAAAAGCAGAUCAAAUGAUUUAAAAUGAUCUAAUGAUCAUUUUAAAUCAUGAUGAAUACAUUUUUUUUUUUUUUUAAAUGCAAAUGAAUCGUAAUUGUUACUGUAGUUAAUUGUUUAGUAAAUAAUUGAGACAUCUGUCAAAUAUAUGAGCUUCUAACAACAAUAAAUCAAACAAACUGA